UCGCCACCCCUCAAUCUUACGGAGCAGGGAGAAUAUCAGAAACACUUAUCUACAAGAAAAUAAUACGGUGCCAAAUGCAGACUGCGGCUUAGAAAAUGGAUAAUUCAAGGCACAAAGUUGUUUUCUGAUAAAAGGCGAUGCUAAAGGACUCUUUCAUUAGCGGAAUAUUGAUAAAUCUGCAGCUGGAAUAACAAAUCUUCCUGAUCAUGCUCAGCUUUCUGCGCCGGACCCUGGGCCGUCGGUCCAUCCGCAAACACGCAGAGAAAACUCGACUCCGGGAAGCCCAGCGAGCUACAACACACAUCCCUGCUGCUGGAGAUGCCAAGUCUAUCGUCACUUGCCGAGUGUCUUUGUUAGAUGGCACAGAUGUCAGUGUUGACUUGCCGAAAAAAGCCAAAGGGGCAGAACUGUUUGAGCAGAUCAUGUAUCAUCUGGAUGUUGUAGAAAAGGAUUACUUUGGCCUACGUUUCAUGGAUUCAGCCCAAGUCCCGCAUUGGCUUGAUGUCACCAAAAGCAUCAAGAAACAAGUCAAAAUUGGACCACCUUAUUGCCUUCAUAUGAGAGUAAAGUUCUAUUCCUCUGAACCCAAUAAUCUGCACGAGGAGUUAACAAGAUACCUCUUUGUACUACAGUUAAAGCAGGACAUCCUCAGUGGCAAGUUAGAGUGCCCAUUCGACACAGCAGUGGAGCUGGCUGCAUACUCGAUGCAGGCUGAACUUGGUGAUUAUGACGCUGCCGAGCAUAUAUUUGACCUUGUGUCGGAAUUCCGUUUCAUGCCUAACCAGACGGAAGACAUGGAAGUAGCUAUCUUUAAUGCUUGGAAGGAGUGCAGAGGCCAGACACCGGCACAAGCUGAGAUAAACUACCUAAACAAGGCCAAAUGGCUGGAGAUGUAUGGGGUGGACAUGCAUAUGGUCAAGGCACGAGACGGGAAUGAAUACAGCCUGGGUCUGACCCCCACUGGAGUGCUCGUGUUUGAAGGGGAAACUAAAAUUGGUCUGUUUUUCUGGCCCAAGAUCACACGACUGGACUUUAGGAAGAGCAAACUCACCCUGGUGGUAGUGGAGGAUGAUGAACAGGUAGUGCAGGAGACUGAAGAGGGGAAAGAGCAGGAGCACACAUUUGUGUUCCGUAUGGACCAUCCGAAGGCUUGCAAGCAUUUGUGGAAGUGUGCUGUAGAGCACCAUGCUUUCUUCCGCCUGAGAGGCCCAGUCCAGAACAGUUCGGCUCGCUCUGGGUUUAUCCGAAUGGGCUCUCGUUUCAGAUACAGCGGGAAGACAGAAUAUCAGACCACUAAGGCCAACAAAGCCAGAAGAUCUGCCUCGUUUGAAAGAAGACCAAGCCGACGUUACUCUAGGAGAACCAUGCAGAACAGAGGCCCCAUCAAGCCUUCAGACAGCCACAGUAAUGGAAUGAGCCCAGGCUUAGAAACAAAGCCUGCUCACACACGGCCUCCCUGGUCUGGUAUGCCUGUGGUCAGCAGCCCACCCUCGGUUUCAAGCCCUGUGGAAAUCGAAACCCUCCCCAGGAGUCCCGGUGGCAGCCAAUCGGACAAGAGGAGUGUGCCCUUGGUGACUGACCUACUUGAGACGUGUGUAGAUGAGGUUCUACGGGUCUCUGUUACCAUGGUGACGCCAGAAGAGGUGGGAGCCAUUGGAACUCAUACCAGCACAGUCGCUGAGGAAACACUCUCUCUGACUGAUGCUGCAGCUCGACUCAAGCAACUGGAGUUUGAAAGCACUCCAGUGCCUGCUCCAUCCAGAUCCAACAUCAACCUCAACAUGAACAACCAAGAGGAAGUGAUGAAGCUUACAGAGAAAAAUUUGAAUAGUGUGGGCAGCAGUCCUGUUCUGAACCAGCUCAAAGCUCCCGAUGAUCUUAAAAGCAACAUACUGAAGGCUCAGGUAGAGGCAGCGCUCAAGGAUACUAAAGAUGACCUUGGAUUAACUACAGAGAAGAACUGUAAUCUGCAGGAGGCAACAGCCAGAAUGACGGGCCAAGAUGCGAGAAUGGGAAGCACCAGCUCUCUGCCAGUGACCGGGCAUGCGGAACGGCAGGAGACCUGGGACUUGCUUACACAGUCUGGCUUGCCUUGCCCUUCCAGCAGCCUUGAAGCAAAAGCAGACAACUUCAUUUCUUCUGUGCCCCCUUUGUCCUCCGAUCCAGUGACUGAAGCCCAGUCAUCCAAGGUUAAAGUUCAGGAUCCUGAGCUGCAGACAGACCCCCAGGCUGAAAACCUAAUAGACUUCACAGACCCCAUCCCUGUAGUACUACCCCCGAAACCUACAAUCACACCUCGAUGGAUCAUUCCAGUAUCAGUACCUACACUGUCUGGCACCUUUACUAAUGGCCUCCUUGACUGUACAGAAAAGAUGUCAUCUCAGCAUUCCGAAAAGUCUGCUAUUUCCCCACCUCCCAAUCCCUCUCUCACUCACAAUGUGAUUGCCACCAGUAUUAUGACCGUCUCGAGCAAGGACAACAACCACAAGCCCAAGGGUCUGCUGACCACUGAACUCUGAAUGCAGCACCUGUCACUGGACCGUCAGUGCUUUUCACUUAAUAGUACAUUCCAGUUAGAUACUUUCCAGCACCCUUAUAGUGCAGGCACAGACAACUGGACUCGAGGAUACAGCAACUUUAUAUUCAACAACACUGGCUUUUGAACAGAUGGUGUCUGCAUGUCCUGACCCCUACACUGAUUAGAAUAGAAUACAGUGAGUUGUGUACAAAGGGCUAAUAGGAGGCAGUGUUUGGGAUCACCGUUCCUUUUAUUACUUUUUACCGCUAACUUCCAAGUAGCACCAGGAUUUGGAUCUCUGCAAGAUGUGAAGCUCUUAAAUCAGACGACCACAGUCCUGUUCUGAUCGAAGGUUUAUGAUGACAUGGUGUUGCUCCACCACCUGCUGACCACGUUCUGUCAAGGUGAUCUCUGAUGUAGUCCGUCACACAGAACUUUUCUUUUUAUCUUUGCCUUUAAGUUGCUCUGCUUUCUUUUUAUGAAAAGUAGUUGCAUUCGGUAUUAAGUACUGUACUCCAAACUGCACUGUUGUUAUAGGACUCUUGCGUAGGAUUGGGCAGCCUGCAGUUAUGAAGCCACUGAGCCAAGUUUUCAGUCUUCUAUCAAAGCUAUUUUUAUCCAAACUGUAGUUAUGACCAGCCUUAUUUUAAUAGUUCAUUUUAAAUUGAAAUGGUCAGAUACUUGCGUUAUAUGUAUGCGUCGAAUGAUGAACAUUUUACAACAUAGAACAUGUUUUCGUGUAAUUUUAUCUUCUGCUUUUAACAGGAGUAAGUCAUUGGAUGUUUUGUGUAGUAUGUAUUAGCAGCUCUUGCAGUAUGUGUUCUUUUACACCGUUUAUAAAUGUUGUAAUACAUGUUAUGUAAGACACAGGAGCAGCUCAGGCCUCUGGUAAACGCUGGCGUAUACAAUUUCAAAACUGUUCAACCCAGACAAUGUCAACAUACCAAAUUGUUAUUUAAAAUGGACAAAAACACCAUUUACAAUUUGUGCCAGCAGUUACCGCAAAGAUAUGCCUUGCUGUCUCCUUCAAUGUACAUUCCACUGGCAUUUGCUGCUAUUGGUUAACAUGUAGAAGACUGCAUCACAAAAUAAUCAUAGAUGUGUUCACUGGAUCUGAAAUCACUGGCAUAAAAUGGAAACUUUUGAAACUUUUCACCUAUGGAUUGUUUUUGAAGGCCCAACACUUUUAUACAAUCAUUUUAUGUGAAUACAUAGACAACGUCCAAGUGGUUUAAAGGAUCAGCACAUUUUCUAGUUUCAUCUGUACUGAGUGUUUGAAAGUGCACAGUCGCCAGGGCAUUUGUAGCUGGAAUCUAUUCAUAUGCUCAUCACUUCUGUUGUUUUUAAUUUCAUUUUUAAGGUUUAUUUACAUGUAUUAAUGUCAUCUGUAGACAUCACAGCAAUGAUCUCAUAUAUAUAUACUGACUGUAAGCUUUCUGUCAUUGUAUGAUGUGAGGCUUCCAUAAGUAAAAGGUAUUUUAACUUUGCUGUUAAAAUGUUUGUGCUUUUAUUUUUGUACUUCAGAGGACGAUGGACAUUUUAUUUAGAUUUAUCAGUAAGCAACAUGAUAUAGAAUGUAAUAUAACAUGCACAAUAGAUAGG